UGUCAGCGUACUCGAGCAGCAGCCGGGACUUCUCUCACUCAGGGCUGGUCAUGUGACAUGAGGCUGGGCCUGGCAUGGCGGCCGCAGUCAGGGAGAUGCACUGAGCUCUGCUGAUUCAAACCUUCCCAGCUUCGUGCGGUGUGUCCGGCCGGCUCCAUGGCGGAGAGAGGCUUCGAUCUGUCCGUCCUCCCGAAGGAGGUGAGAGAGCAGCUGGCGGAGCUGGAGCUGGAGCUGUCAGAGGGAGAUAUUACUCAGAAGGGCUAUGAGAAGAAAAGGGGAAAGCUUCUGGGCCCCUAUAUUCCACAAACCCAAGGUGUUGACCCAGCACUGCAGAAAGACCAUCGAAACCAAACUGCAACUGGAUCUCCUGCCGCUGCCCCACAGUCAUCCUCCAAAUACCAUAGAGCUAGAUCUGGAGGUGCUCGAGAUGAACGGUAUCGCUCAGAUAUCCACACAGAAGCAGUCCAGGCUGCAUUGGCAAAACAUAAAGAACAGAAGAUGGCUUUGCCGAUGCCAACUAAAAGACGGUCAACGUUUGUGCAAUCCCCGGCGGAUGCCUGUACACCUCCAGACACUUCAUCAGCGUCUGAAGACGAAGGUUCCUUGAGACGUCAGGCUGCUCUUUCUGCUGUUCUUGCACAAAGUUUACAGAACACAGAAUCCUGGAUCAAUAAAUCUGUCCAGGGAUCAUCUACAUCAUCUUCAGCAUCAUCCACAUUGUCACACGGAGAUGUUAAGAGCACCAGUGGUUCCUUAGCUGAUGUACUUUCUAAUACUCACAUAGAGAGUUUCUCUGUGCCUCCCGAUGUCACAAGCACCACAAACACAUCCUCCUCAUCCUCCUCCGUACGCCCAGCAAAUAUUGACCUACCACCCACCGGCCUGGUAAAGGGGAUGCACAAAGCAGCCCGAAGAUCCAGUUUAAUGGACACUGCAGAUGGUGUUGCGGUCAGUAGUCGCGUGUCUACAAAGAUCCAGCAGUUACUUAACACAUUGAAGCGACCGAAAAGGCCACCGUUAAAAGAGUUCUUUGUGGAUGAUUUUGAAGAGAUUGUUGAAGUUCCUAGGCCAGAUCCCAACCAACCAAAACCUGAAGGUCGCCAGAUGACCCCUGUAAAGGGAGAGCCUUUAGGCGUGGUGUGUAAUUGGCCCCCAUCCAUUGAAGCAGCACUGCAGCGCUGGGGAACAACACAAGUUAAAUGUUCAUGUCUCACUGCACUUGAUGUGACAGGGAAACCCAUAUAUACGCUAACGUAUGGCAAACUGUGGUCCAGAAGUGUGAGAUUGGCCUACACCCUGCUCAACAAACUGGGAACCAAAAAUGAGCAAGGGCUGAAACCAGGUGACAGGGUGGCCUUGGUCUAUCCCAAUAAUGAUCCAGUCAUGUUUAUGGUUGCUUUUUACGGUUGUCUCCUGGCAGAAGUCAUUCCAGUGCCGAUUGAGGUACCUCUUACUAGAAAGGAUGCUGGUGGGCAUCAGAUUGGUUUCCUGCUGGGAAGCUGCGGUGUAAAGCUCGCUCUUACCACCGAGGUUUGCUUGAAAGGAUUGCCAAAAACACAGAAUGGGGAAAUUGUGCAAUUCAAGGGGUGGCCAAAACUCAAGUGGGUUGUGACCGACUCCAGAUAUCUGUCCAAGGCACCGAAGGAUUGGCAGCCGCAUAUAACAGCUGCUGGUACAGAACCGGCCUACAUUGAGUACAAAACGAGUAAGGAAGGAAGUGUGAUGGGGGUGACGGUUUCUCGCAUUGCAAUGCUUUCUCAUUGUCAAGCGCUUUCCCAAGCCUGUAACUAUACAGAAGGUGAAACGAUGGUGAAUGUCCUGGAUUUUAAAAGGGAUGCUGGUCUAUGGCAUGGCAUAGUAACGACUGUAGUAAACAAGAUGCACACAAUCAGCGUUCCGUACUCUGUGAUGAAAGCGUGUCCCUUAUCUUGGGUGCAGAGAGUCCAUGCAAAUAAGGCCAGGGUUGCAGUAGUGAAAUGUCGGGACCUGCACUGGGCGAUGAUUGCACAUCGGGAACAGAAGGAUAUCAGUUUGGCUUCGCUCCGCAUGCUUAUUGUAACAGACGGAGCUAAUCCAUGGUCGGUUUCAUCCUGUGAUGCUUUCUUGAGUUUAUUUCAAAAUUAUGGCCUAAAGCCGGAAGCAAUUUGCCCAUGUGCCACAUCUCCAGAGGCCAUGACAGUCGCCAUUCGAAGGCCUGGGAUCCCUGGUGCGCCGUUACCCGGCAGAGCUAUUUUGUCUAUGAAUGGUUUGAGUUUUGGUGUUAUCCGAGUGAACACAGAAGACAAAAAUUCUGCUCUCACAGUACAAGAUGUUGGACAUGUAAUGCCAGGAGGUGUGAUGUGCAUAGUAAAACCGGAAGGCCUGCCUCAGUUAUGUAAAACAGAUGAGAUUGGAGAAAUCUGUGUGAGUUACAAAGGAGGUAGUAUGACAUAUUAUGGACUGGCAGGAGUGACAAAGAAUACAUUUGAGGUCUUACCAGUCAGUGCCACUGGGGCCCCAGUAGGGGACACGCCUUUCACCAGGACUGGUCUGCUGGGGUUUGUAGGACCUGGAAGUCUUGUCUUUGUGGUAGGAAAAAUGGAUGGGACGUUGGUGGUGAGUGGAAGGCGGCACAAUGCAGAUGACAUUGUAGCAACUGCAUUAGCUGUGGAAUCACUUAAAACCUUGUACAGAGGAAGGAUUGCUGUGUUUUCUGUCAAUGUCUUCUACGAUGAAAGAAUCGUGGUGGUUGCUGAACAGCGGCCGGAUGCAUCCGAGGAGGAUUCAUUCCAGUGGAUGAGCCGGGUGCUGCAGGCCAUUGAUAGCAUCCACCAAGUAGGAGUUUACUGUCUAGCCCUCAUUCCUGCCAACACAUUGCCAAAAACUCCACUUGGAGGAAUUCACUUAUCUCAAACAAAACAGCACUUUUUGGAAGGCAAUUUGCACCCGUGUAACAUACUCAUGUGUCCUCACACAUGUGUAACAAACUUGCCAAAGCCAAGGCAAAAACAACCAGGUGUUGGUCCUGCCUCUGUUAUGGUUGGUAAUCUGGUCGCAGGGAAGAGAAUUGCUCAGGCAUCGGGGAGAGAUCUCGGACAGAUUGAAGAAAAUGAUUUGGUGAAAAAGUACCAAUUCAUGUCUGAAAUGCUGCAGUGGAGAGCUCAGACCUCGCCAGACCACAAUCUCUUUAUACUGCUUAAUGCCAAGGGAACAGCUGUUUGUACGGCUUCCUGUUUACAGCUGCACAAGAAGGCAGAGAGAAUAGCAGCCACACUUGUGGAUAAAGGUCACCUCAAUGCUGGGGAUAACGUGGUGCUUCUAUAUCCUCCUGGUAUUGAGUUGAUUGCUGCAUUUUAUGGGUGUUUGUAUGCUGGCUGUAUUCCCGUAACUGUCCGACCUCCUCACGCUCAGAACCUCUCAGCCACAUUACCUACAGUACGAAUGAUUGUAGAUGUUAGUAAAGCCGCCUGCAUUCUCACAACACAAAUCUUACUGAAAUUGCUAAAGUCCAAAGAAGCUGUAACAGCGGUGGAUGUGAAAACAUGGCCAACCAUCAUAGACACAGAUGAUUUGCCCAGAAAGCGGGCACCUCAGAUGUAUAAACCACCUACACCUGAAAUGCUGGCCUACCUCGAUUUCAGUGUUAGCACAACAGGCAUGCUCACAGGUGUGAAGAUGUCACAUGGAUCUGUAAAUGCACUUUGCCGGGCAAUAAAAUUACAGUGUGAGCUGUACUCUACACGUCAGAUUGCCAUUUGUCUGGAUCCUUAUUGUGGGCUUGGCUUUGUACUUUGGUGCCUUUGCAGUGUUUACUCUGGUCACCAGUCUAUAUUAAUUCCUCCUAUGGAGUUGGAAUCCAACCUAUGCCUGUGGCUUUCUGCAGUGAGUCAGUACAAGAUUAGAGAUACAUUCUGUUCCUAUUCUGUAAUGGAAAUGUGCUCAAAAGGACUUGGUAACCAGAUUGAGGUGCUAAAGACGAAAGGCAUAAAUCUGUCCUACGUGCGGACCUGUGUAGUGGUGGCAGAAGAACGCCCUAGAGUCGCUCUCACGUAUUCCUUUUCCAAACUUUUCAAAGAUCUUGGUCUUUCUCCCCGUGCUGUCAGUACUACCUUUGGAUCAAGAGUCAAUACUGCUAUAUGUUUACAGGGAACCUCAGGGCCAGAUCCUACAACCGUGUAUGUGGAUCUCAAAUCCCUUCGGCAUGACAGGGUACGCUUGGUAGAAAGGGGGUCUCCUCAGAGCCUGCUUCUACUGGAGUCUGGAAAGAUUCUACCUGGAGUCACAGUGAUUAUUGUCAAUCCAGAGACCAAAGGACCAUUGGGAGAUUCUCAUCUUGGUGAGAUAUGGGUGAACAGUCCCCACACAGCCAGCGGAUACUACACCAUCUAUGACAGUGAGAGUCUGCAGGCCGAUCAUUUUAACACCAAGCUCAGCUUUGGGGACACACAGACACUCUGGGCAAGAACUGGAUAUCUUGGCUUUGUCCGUAGAACAGACCUGACGGCUGCAAGUGGAGAACGGCAUGAUGCCUUAUUUGUUGUUGGAGCACUGGAUGAAACACUGGAGUUGAGGGGACUGCGCUACCAUCCCAUCGACAUUGAGACCUCUGUGUCACGCACGCAUCGGAGCAUAGCUGAAUGCGCUGUAUUCACAUGGACCAACCUGUUGGUGGUGGUGGUGGAGCUAUGUGGGUCUGAGCAGGAGGCGCUGGAUCUGGUUCCUCUAGUGACUAAUGUUGUGCUGGAAGAACAUUACUUGAUCGUAGGAGUAGUGGUAGUGGUAGAUCCUGGCGUCAUCCCCAUCAAUUCUCGAGGAGAGAAGCAGCGGAUGCACCUACGGGACAGUUUCUUAGCGGAUCAGUUAGAUCCAAUCUAUGUUGCAUACAACAUGUAAAGACAAUAGACUUUUAACCACUCAAAAAUGACACCAGGUUAUUAUUAUUUUUGACACAAUUUCAUGUAAAAUACCAAUGCUUGAUGAUAGGCUGAAAUGUGCAUUAUCUUUUUAGCCUAACCUAGUAGAUCAUGGUCUGUCUGUCAGAUUUUAUGAAAGGGAACACUGUGCUAAGUAAGGUAGUAUUAAAUGAAGAUCACUGGACAUUAACUGUAUCCUAACUGCAGAACUACCCGUAUAACUACAGCGCUGGCUAUUCCUCUGACCUGUGCGUCAGCAUGAGAGUAUUCUGCGUUUUCUAUGGCUCUUACCGGGUUCUGCGGGGCCGAUUUAGUUAUUUAUGAAAGGAUUUAUUUUUCUAAUCCUUCAUAUUUGCAGCUGUAGCUUUGUUUUGUCUGAGUAAAUUAACAAUAGGUAGUGAAAUUGCUUCUGCGUAAUGGUGCCAUGAGUCUCCCGCCUUCCGGCGGAGCAGAGUUUACAGUUGGUGAAGCCUCGCGAGCGCUAAGCUGGGGUGUUCUGUUUAGAUUUAACAAAAAAAAAAAGAGAGGAUUUUGGACUAAAACUUAGAUUUCUUUUCCAUUUAGAUAGGUCAUGUAUGUAAAAUAUUCUGCCUAUAUUUUAAAUAUGUAAAUAUUGUAACAAUUGUCAACAUUCAAAUCCACUUGUGGUAAAUAUGGAGGUGAUGUUGAAUUGUUCUAUGGCAGUUUGAGUGUUUAGCAAUCUUACAAAUUUUUCAGAUUAUAGAUUACAGGUUGGAGCCACCUGUGGCUUUCCAGCUGUGCUUGACUUGGAAUUGUCAGCCUCUCAUUGGCUAGCAUGCUGAGACCUGUAGUUCACGCAGCAAGAAAGUUAUACUUUGCCUGCACACUUCAUAGUCAAUGCAAGUGAUAGAAUGAUUGUCCUGAUCCAUACAGAAGUAUUUUGUUGCCUACUAAUAUAUGUUGUUAAAUAUAUGCUGAAUGUUUUAAUGAGUUUGUGUUUGGGGAAUUUGCUAACUACUUAACUAUAUUGCCAGCAGGUAAAAAAACAAACUUAAUAUGAUGCACUUUCUCAUUACUGCCUUCUAUUCCAUUGUGACAAGAGAGCUUGGUGUCUCUCUGCAAUGGCUGAAUGACUUCUACUCUCUGGAUUGUUUUCAUUCAUAACCAGCAUUUUGCACCUGGCAUAAUACACCGUAAUACUCCCGGGCUGAACAAUAACCGUACUAUAUACGCUCUGCUAUUUAAAUGAUCCGCAAUGGUAAAAUUUCAUUUUGAUUCCAAAAAGCGAGAUACAGUAACAUGUCUGUCACAGUGAUUGCAUGUCAUGCUCUGGCAGUCAAUGAGAACUGGUGUUUAGGGUUCACGUUGUAUGAUUACCUCUGCUUUUACUACUGCUUGUAAAGUGUGCCACCAGACCAUAAUAUACCAACAUGCAUUACAGUAUUUCCUUUUUUAGAAACCAGUAUCCAAGCUUAGUAGUAACAAUGGACACAUUCAACUGUGUGGACAAUAUCUAACUAAUAACACAGAUCUAUCAAGCAUCGAGCUGCAUGUCCUAAUAACAUUUUUGAUUUGCAGGACCGGACUAGAACCUGGAAUGUCUCAUUUUAAGGUUGGCACUGUAAAGCAUUAUGGGAAGUUAUUUUACAGGGCAUAUCAUAAGGUAUCUUGCUUGGGGCUUACACAUGUAAGUGCACCUUCACCUGGAAAUACAUUAAUGGGGGAGCACUGACAAACCUAUUUCUUAGCAAUUGGAUUUUACUAAACAAAAUGUGUUUUAUUGGCAUCUAUAUAUAUGUCUAUUUUUUAUUAGAUUUCAAAUUCAAUAUUUACUUGAGCAGAACCAGGGUUCUCUUGGUAUAGACGGUUUUAUAAAACACACAAUGGAAAUGUAUGCUGUGGUGCUAAUCGGAUAAAACAUCUCCAUCCAUCUCUACAUUUCAAUACUAUGUUCUUUAAUAAAGGGGCCACACAAUGAGCUGAUUCAGAGGUGGAUGCAGUUACAUUAACAACUGAAGUUUCACACGCAGCAGAUCUGCAAACGUGCUAACGAUGCUGGCGCAGGGAUUUGUACAGAGACGCCUACUAAUAGUGUCUAUGACCCGCCAAUUGCGUACAAAUAUGCACCAUUGGACCAGAAUGUCCGUCGCAAGUAAGCUGUCCGGAGUCUUUACAAUUGCAUUUGUACGCUCAGUCACGCCUCUGACACAGUCACGUCUCCAUUCUUGUAGCCACCUGUUACCUACAAGAAACGAACACUACUUGCAUAAUAAAUCCUCUCUGCUUCUGACAUUGCUAAUUAAUCACUGCGACUAUGUCCAAUUCUUCUAUCCACCCCAUACAAGCUCACUGGAACAUUUGUGCAGCUACUCCCCUGUAGCCACUUUCUCCAACGUUCCAUUAAGCUCUACAGAUGUUGCGAUGAAAGCUGUGCUGCUGCUGUUGAGAGAGCACAAGUUCACUAGCAAUAGUCAGACCCCAGCAGUCUCAGUCAUUGGGAUAUGCCAGUGGUAAGGUGGUGCACUUGAGUGGAUAAUUUGCAUUCACUAUGAAUCAUUUACAAAGCACAAAAAAUACCCGCCCCCAUCUCUACUACCUCCUUAUUUGUCUGCUAGGCAUAUUUCUAGUCAUUACUUGGUCCUAGGAACAGGGGAAUGCACCUACCCACCUGAAAAUGUCUGUGAUAGAAACAAUACAAACAUCUGUAGUAGAUUUAGAAACCGUCCAUUUGAGUAAAGUUUCCCUUUUUUAUGUAAACAUCACUCUUUUUGUAUGUUCAUGUCCUAAAUUAAUUAGAAAGGAGGGCUUCUUUAUUUGUGUCUUUUUAUUUUUUAUUAUAAUGCUUAGAUUUCAUUGGUCAAAGUGCUUCUACAAAUGUACUUUUCUGUAAAGGGCCAUACACACUAGACGAGAAAAUGAAAGAUCUCGCUCAGAAGGGCCGAUCUGACCGAGAUCUUUUACAAUUUCGUCCAAUGUUGUUAACGGUGCACGCUCCCGCCCAUCGUUAAUUAUCCCCUCCCUUGUCUGAACAUGUACAGACAAGGGAGGUCCUUGUUAACGACAGCCAGCAUGGCCGUCGUUCCCCCCCGUCGUCGAUCCCUUCCUCGCUGGCAUUGGCAAGUGUGUAUGCACUUGGCGAUGCUGGCACCCCACUGGAUCACCCCCACCGCCAAUAUGGGAAUCGCCUAGUGUGUACUGAUCUUAAGAGUUCAUGGGGCAAUUUUAAAACACUUCCUAAUACCUAUAGGACAAGCCCCAAUCACUACCACUCCAGUCGACAUGGUAAAAUUAUGUCCUUUUGUAGACCCAUUUUGCAGGAGGAUAUAUGCUAUUUAUACCAACAAAAGGAUAUAAUUUUACUAUGUCGUCUGGAGUAGUAGUGAUUGGGGGAGUCUACUACAAUAUCCCGGCUGACGGGAUCCCGACUUCCGGAAUGUCGGCAGCGGAGAGAGAGCAAAAGAGCCCCUUGUGGGCUCGCCACGCUGCAGGCACGGUGGUGCGCUACACGCGCCACACUAUUCUCCCUCUAGGGGUGUCGUGGACACCUCAAAAUGGAGAAUAGUUGUCGGGAUCCCGGCAUCGGAAUGCUGAGCGCCGGGAUCCCGACAGCCAGGAUAUUGAAUGCUUCCCCUGCAAAAUACGGAGCUCCCAUGUGACUGCAAAGUAUCCACUCCCUUUAUCUUAGAAAUUGCCCGCACCACCCAUCUUCUAUCACAAGAUGGUGCAAGCGUCUUGACAUUACAUUUUGCACUUUUUCCAUAGAACGGAUACAUUUACACUACUGUGUGUGUGAUGCAUAAAACUAGUUAUUUUAUGUAUGUUAUUCAUAUCAAUAGCGCACAGCCUUUGAUACAUAUAUAAAAAAGAAGCUUAUUAGCGUGGAAGAUCAAUUAAAAUUCUUUUACUGCUUCCAGUAACAUGAAAAAUAAAACAUUAUUUUUUAUGGCAGAAUGAGCUUUUAAGGCACUACACAAUGCAGAGGUGUAUGAAGCCUGUGUUCUGGUGACUGUUAUAUUGCUGAGCGGGAUCCGGUCUGAAGAUCGACACUGUCUAGCUCGACAAUGUUUAGGUCGACCACUAUAGGUCGACAGGGUUGGAAGGUUGACAGGGUUUCUAGGUCGACAUGUUCUAGGUCGACAGGUCAAAAGGUCGACAUGAGGUUUUCACUUUUUUUUCUUUUAACUUUUUCAUACUUAACGAUCCACGUGGACUGCAAUUGGAAUGGUAAUCUGUGCCGAGCGAAGCGGUAGCGGAGCGAGGCACCUUGCCCAAAGUUCGCUCGCCAUGCAAGGGGACACUGUGCACUAAUUGGGGUUCCCGGUCACUCUAUGAAGAAAACGGCACAAAAAAACAACAACCUCAUGUCGACCUUUUGACCAGUCGACCUAGAAACCCUGUCGACAUUCCAACCCUGUCGACCUAAACAUUGUCGACCUAGACAGUGUUGGUCUAAUGAUCCACACCCUGCUGAGCAUGCAUCAAACACCCCAACACAGCAAACUGAAUAUGUGUAUAGCAAGUAGUCAAAAUAUUAAAAAUCUUCUUUCCAAAGCAGUGAAACAUUUGGCAUCUUGCAGCUGCUUUUGAUGUGGCGAGCAUGACACAGAUGGCAUUGCAUUUCAAAGACUAUUGUGUCUUCAGAUGCCAUUAACUUGUGCAGCACCUGCAUUCGAUAGAGACAAUGACUAAUCUCAGUGUGAGUUCCUCCUGAGUCUGCAGCAGAAAUCCAGCAUGGGCAAUGAAUUAUCAUACAAGUGUUGUGUGUGAAGUAGCACAUGAUGGGGGGUUUGUUGCUGGCUGAAGGCAGUGAAUGUGAAUGGAACAAUUAGCUUUAUUGAGACGAUUGUAAGCGCACAAAUCUCCAGCAGAUAUAUAGAACAGGGGCCUAUCUGCACAAUGCUGGUGACCUGAGAAGUGAAUGUAUUUUAAAAUCUUAUAGUGGAAUGGUUUGCACAAAGCUCAAGAGAAAAUUAAGUUUUAGGUUUUUUUAUAUAUAAAAUAAAUAUUUGUGGCAAAAAUUUAAAAAAAUGCCACAAUUCAUCUAUUUUUGUUUAGCCCUUAUAUAGUCAGCUUUCUGGUUAAUGUUUGCUACCCAGCAUUAGAGAUGGGACUUCCUUUAAUUAGCAUUAUGAAUGGGGCUUUUUAACUCUUGAAAAUAAUAUAUUGUCCAGUUCAUGUAAUUCAUGUAGAUGUUUAAAUCUCAUUUUUCCAAAAUCAAAAGAUUCAUAUUUUUAUUUUGGCAUUGAUGUAUUAAAAUAUUGUCUAAGUUUAUUAAACUUUUAUUUUUAUUACUUUGAACUUCCAAAGAUUCAGCACGUCGGAUAUAGUGGUUUCCAUAUCCAUUCCCGUAUCUUUUUUUUAUUAUUUUUUUUUAUUUCCAACUUCUGACCAGGGGUUUCCAACUCCAGUUCUCAAGGACCACCAGCUCAUGUUUUGUGGAUGUCUGUAAUCUUUGUUGCUGGGUCAGUAAUUAUCCCACCUGCUUCCCCAGACAGAAAUCCUUAGAACAUGACCUGUUGGGAAAACUUGAUGGCUGAGAACCACCGCCAUAGACUACAUUUUCUUCUACAUACGGUGCUUUAGACCAGGAACAGUGAUUCAGUUUGUUAGCAUUCAGGACAACGGCUCUGACCAUGUAUGGAUACCUUUAAGUAAAAUACUUGGUAGUCUUACAUACCCCUCAUGUAGCAGACAGGGCCCACAUAACUUGCCACUACUUGAACCUGCUAAAAGACCAUUGCACUAUAAGAUCACAGCAAACAGUGAGGGAAGUCCAUCCAUGCCUCUCCCAUAGGGUUCGGAAGAAGUGGGUUUAUUAAUCUCUGUGAGGGAGGCAUGGAUGCGUUGCCUCUCCCAGGAUUGAGACCUCACACUAUGGUUGUCUCACUGCAGAGCUAAGAUUAGCUAGGACCUGACCAAAAGUAGGCUGGCGUGAUAUAGAAGAUCUACAGUAAUUAGCUAGUCAUUAGGUCGACCCCAUAUGGUCAAAAUGUAUUAGGUAGACAGAAAAGGUCAACAGGUGCAAAAGUUCAACAUGGAAAUGGUCAACACACAAAAAGAUGACACAAGUUUUUAUCAAGUUUUUGGAUGUCAUUUUCUGUUUCAUCAUAUGUGACCACAAUUAUUGCAAACAUGUACCCUUGAUGCUCGUUUUUCUCACCGCGCUUCGGGCAAGGUUACUAUUCCCAGUCAUAGUCCACAAGGAUGGCAAAUCAAGCAAAAGUUGAAAAAUUUGUGAAAACCCCAAAAAAACAUUUGCUGACCAUAUGUGUGUCGACCAUUGUCAUGUCGCCCUUUUGAACCUGUCAACCUUUAGCACUGUCUACCUAUUGACUAUCUAUGCACUGGAACCCCUUUUAAACCACUUCAUGGACAAUAUUGCCAACUGUGACUCCUACGGACUACAAAAAUGUAUUAUAUGCAGCGCUUCUCUUUUGUGCCCGAACUAAUUUAUCCUAGAUGAGAUAAAUCACAAAUCCGCUUUACAGUGGAUUACAUUUAUUUUUGUUUGUUUUGGUUUAAAGCUAAUUUAUUUAUUGUAAAUUAAGUGGUGUUAGGAAAAGUAAUCCAAAAUUGCAGUCACUAUGCUUGGCUAACAUUUGUCGUAGACUUUGCAUUAUUCCAUGUCAUUUUGUACAGAAUUUUGUAUUAUUUGUUUUCUUAUUUAUUUGUUAUUAGACAAAUUACCAAUAAAUUAACAAAAUAUCCGUAAAUAGAAGAAAAGAAGAAUUGCAGGGUGACACUGUUUUAAUAUUAACUAUUUAAAGUCUUCAGCUUUGUUUCUCAUGCCUUAUUUCUUGCCGUCUAAUCUCCCUGUACAUGUGCAGAAAAUAAGACAAGUAUGGGAAGAGUGUGGUUUAUGUAGACAUAUAUAUCUAUCUUGCAAGUUGGGAAACACAGGAGAUGUAUUCCUGCUAGAACAGAACGCAACCAGUCUAAUACAGGUAGUGCUGAAAUGGCCCUAAUGUUAUACAAUAAGAUCUAUUGCCUAUUUGGAGAGUUAUGAAGAGGGUCAGAUUGUACAGAAAUGGAGUAUUCAGAGGUUGGGACAGAUGAAAGGAUUGCAAUGUCAAUGCUAUAAUCUUAUUACAUACAAUAUGUUUCAGCCAGCCCAUUCCAAUGUAGUGCCAAGUAGACUGAAAUCAAAAUGGCUAGCCCAAUUGUAACACUUGGGCACCUAUAGGCUAAUGAUACCAAAUUUCUGGUUUGUACAGAUUGCAGUCUAACCGUCUUCUAGCCCUAUAAAAUGACAUUACAUCUUUACUAUGGUUAUUCCUAUAAUUUAACCACUGACACAUUUUGUUCUGCACAGUUGUUGUUUUUAUUUUUUUCUUAAUAAGCAGUUACGAUUGCUAUGGUUCCUUCUGAAACUGGUCACUGGUUAUGCUUCAUUUACAUUGUAUCGUAACAGGAAACCCCAUGUGGUAUUUUAUCUGAAAUGUAACACUUGUUUACAUAUUAAAACAAAGUCAAGCUUGAACGUUUUUAUAUACAAUGUUAAUGUGUAUGCAGCCCAGGUUUGCCACUAAAAACAUUUCCAUUAAUGUCUGCUUUAGCGAAAUAGAUUCAACUAAAGCAAUAUUGUUAUGUUGUCUUUGUACAAAUCAUGUGUGUAAAAGUAGUUUUGAUUUAUCUGAUUAUUUUAUCAUCCUACAUAUGAAUAAUAUUAUAUAUGGAAAAAAAAAAACUUGUAAAGUUCUACUAUUUUAAA